UCAUUCAGCUGAUGUGCUCUCUGAUAAUUAGGUUCAUCAUUUAUUUUCUGACUUUUGAUUUGAUGUCAGGAGGUGCUCUGUUUGCUGUGCUGCCCCAUAUUAGCUACGUGUAAUUAAAAAACGUUACUAACGCUUCUUCAGAGACAGAUACCCUGCUGCAGCUCUUUACCUCUUCACAUUCUUAAGACGAGAGCUGUGGUCACAUCAUUUGGUCCCAUUCUUACACAAAAUUAGUAGAACAGGAGAAACCUUUCUUCCACUGCGCUUCAUCAGAAGGUCGGCGGGUUGAGUUGGUCCAUUGGUUCAACAGCGUAGCAUCAAACAUCUGAGGGCUGGUUUACAUGUGAGUUGUAGUGCAAUAUGAAUUUCAAGGAGGGAGGAGCAUGGCUGUAAUAGGAGCAUGUAGUCUCUCAACUGGCUGCUGCGUGGUGCUGGUGUGACAGGUGCAGAGGGGUGUGCUGUAGCCAUUGCGGGUCGGGUAAGGGAACACACUUCCACACCUUUAGCAGAAAUACCAGGGAAAGUCAUGCUGGGCAACAAUAAAACAAUUGUCUCACUGUAAAGCUACUUUCCUCUCAGCCCUGUGCUAUUUGGCACGUUCCUGGGUGGCGUUAUAAUGAAUCUGUUAUGCAGUUCUUUCAGAAUCUAUGGAGCAGAAAUUACCAGCCCAGAGCACCAGCAGAAGGAAGGUCUGCGUUACUUCUUGGAAGCUCAUUAGGUUUUUAUUUAUCUGUUGUUUACUGAGCUUUAUAAAAUAAAUGCUGGUUAAUACAGGAGAAGAAGAAGCAUUCAGUGUUGGUGUGCUGCUGUAUCCCAUCACGGAUGGAGUCAGGGGCACGUGGCUCAGCUGGGUCUCUUCUCCCCUUGGAGUCUCUACAGGCUGCCUGCUCUAUCUGCAGCUUCAUUGGUUAUGUAUCUGCAGUUGCUGUCUUUUCUGGUGGAACAGUUGCCAUGCAGACUCCAAUUUACAUGAAAGCUAAACAGAGUGACACAAAAAUGAAGUGGUGUUGCUGUAAUGAAACCUAUUAAUAGCUUACAGAGAGGCAGUGACGCAUCUCGGAUACAGCACACGGAAUUAAAGCUGAGGAGAUUUAUCUUUGCAGACCAAAUUUUCCCCAGAUGAGCAGCAAGGGAUGCUUUCCAAGCGCUGUGACUUUUCAGAUAAACUUUCUCCAAACCAGGCUUGCGUGGCACACCUCUCUGCUGGCGGAAUGGAGCCGAGGGCCUCGCGUGGCCUUCACAAAUCGCUCCGGGUUAACCUGCCUGUCAUGGACUGAAGGCUGUGCCUCAUCCUUCAGGUAUUGAUCUGGGCCAUAGGUGAUCCCCCUGAGUGAAGCUUAUUAAUUUGUCCUUGAUACUGCUCUGGCUAAAGGCUUGCAGGUGCUUUGUGACACAGAUGUGGCUGUUAAGGACAUCACUUCAGCUCAGCACUUAAUGACAGUGCAUGCACCAUGCUCGUGGUCUCUUGCUGGGCACCUGGCUGAAGCUCCUGAGUCUAUACCUCCUUGGUUGCAGAUGCACAGUGAAUCCUCUAACCCCCCUGAAGGAAUGUACGUGUAUCCAGGAGGGAUCCACCAGAAGCAAAGUGGUUCUUGGCACUUACUAACUGCAUCUGCUUGGUGCCACGGGUAUCCUAGCUCUGUUUGCUUGGCACUGUAACGAAGGCACGUGGGCUCUGUCCCUUACAGUAGGAUUUGCCUCUGUUUCUCUAGGGCUGCCCUGUCGUCUCACUUCAUUGUUGUGGGGUUUUUUAAAGCUAUCUCACUGGUAUUAGUUUUAUUUCAUGCUUGUCAAAGAGAUGAGAUAUUUGGUUCCAUUCAGACAGCACGACGUAAUUGGUCUCAUCUGUCAACUGUUCACACUCAGGGCAUAGAUAUAUCAGUCAAGCUGCAGCUAAAAUUGAUGUGGAUUUUGAUUACGAUGGACCUCUAAUGAAGACAGAAGUUCCUGGACCACGAUCUCGGGAAUUAAUGAAGCAGCUGAAUGGAAUUCAGAAUGCCGAAGCUGUGCACUUCUUCUGCAACUACGAAGAGAGCCGAGGGAACUACCUCGUGGAUGUGGAUGGCAAUCGCAUGCUGGAUCUCUACUCUCAGAUUUCAUCCAUCCCCAUAGGUUACAGCCAUCCAUCUCUGAUAAAGCUUCUCCAGCAGCCACAGAACCUGAGCACUUUUAUCAACAGACCUGCCCUAGGGAUUUUACCUCCGGAGAACUUUUCAGAAAGACUGAAGGAAUCUUUGUUAUCAGUGGCUCCCAAGGGUCUGCCACAGGUGAUGACCAUGGCUUGUGGAUCCUGCUCAAAUGAAAAUGCAUUUAAAUUAAUAUUUAUGUGGUACAGAAACAAGGAGAGGGGCCGUAAUAAUGUCACAAAAGAGGAACUGGAAUCAUGCAUGAUUAACCAGCCCCCCGGCUGCCCCGACUAUGCCAUGCUCUCCUUCAUGGGUGGCUUCCACGGAAGGACCUUCGGUUGCUUAGCUACAACUCACUCUAAAGCAAUUCACAAACUGGACAUCCCCUCGCUGGACUGGCCUAUCGCUCCAUUUCCAAGACUAAAGUACCCUCUGGAAGAGUUUGUGAAAGAGAAUCAACAGGAAGAAGCCCGUUGUUUAGAGGAGGUGGAAGAUCUGAUUGUCAAGUACAGGAAAAAAAAGAAGAUUGUGGCUGGAAUCAUUAUAGAACCAAUACAGUCAGAGGGUGGAGACAACCAUGCCUCAGAUGACUUCUUCAGAAAGCUACGAGAUAUCGCCAGAAAGCAUGGCUGUGCGUUCUUGGUGGAUGAGGUGCAGACAGGAGGUGGCUGCACAGGAAAAUUCUGGGCACACGAGCACUGGGGCCUGGAUGAUCCAGCCGAUGUCGUAACGUUCAGUAAGAAGAUGAUGACGGGAGGAUUUUUCCACAAAGAGGAGUUCAGGCCAAAUGCUCCCUAUCGGAUUUUUAACACCUGGCUUGGAGAUCCAUCCAAGAACCUUAUGCUUGCCGAAGUCAUUAGGGUUAUUAAAAGAGAAGACCUUAUAAACAACGCAGCCCAUGCAGGAAAAGCACUACUGACUGGCCUUCUGGAUUUACAGGCUCGCUACCCCCAUCUUAUCAGCAGAGCGAGAGGAAGAGGAACGUUCUGUUCGUUUGACACUCCAAAUGAUGCAACUAGAAACAAGUUAAUUACAAUUGCAAGAAACAAAGGUGUUGUGCUGGGAGGCUGCGGUGACAGAUCGAUCCGUUUCCGUCCAACACUGAUCUUCAAGGACCACCACGCUCACCUCUUUCUGAACAUUUUCAGCGACAUCUUGGCAAACUUCAAGUAAAAAGCAGUUCUCUCGCACGGAACAACUAACUGAUUACGAAAGUAGUUUGCAUUAAUUCACGUCUUCUCCACUUACAAGAUAAGUGUAAAGUCAUAAACCGAGGUUUGCGUUCCGUCUGUAAUCCUGCCCCAGGCAAGCUGCUCCAUGCAAAAUAGCACAGGCAGAGCCCUGGUUCUGCUCGCCAGCAGGUGCCCGCAGUGCUCCUGCGCUGCGCCCCUCGAGGCUGCAGCCCUCCAUCUGCAGGCCGCACAAACGGCAGAGCUCUCCCUCCGCCUGCGGCCCUGACUGCUUGAUUUGUCUCAGUAGGACCUGGAACAGUCCAUCUUCACAGAUAAUCCCAGCAGUUUUACUUGUGUCCAGAAGCAGCAGCAAGUAAGGCCUAACACUUAAAUGCACUUACGAAUGCCUGCUAUGCAGAAAGAGCCACUCUAAUGACAGACAGAAUAAAAGGCAUUUCAAGGAAAGCUCUGCUUUCCACCGCUGCCAAGUACAGUAUUUAACAGAAUAAUUGCCAGCUUUAUUCCCCUAAUCACUGGUCUGCCAUACCAUGUGGAUCACAGAACUGCUCUACUCAUCCAUCAGCCUACAGGUACCACUUCAGAGGCGUAAUGCACAGCCACGUGUGCGAGGCUGAGCAGAACUGAAUCACUGUCCUUGCCCUAGAGGUUUAAACUUUUGCCUUCUCUUACAAUCAGAACUGUACAGAAAAAGCUAUACUGAAACGUUUCUAAUUUGACAAAGCUUAGAGAAUCGUGCUCAGCACAUCAUUUCCACCUCUGUCAGUGAUCUUAUAGUUAGGAUUAUUUUCCCAUUUGCCCAGAAGGCACCAUGACAGCCAUUAACUUUAGCUGUUACGAGUUCUACUUUGCUACUUGACAGUCUUGUAAAACUACAGCAGAAUUGCUUGACUGUGCAACACGAGAGCCACUGUCGUGUGGACGCACAGCAGCAGUGAAUAGUCCCAGCUGCAACGUAUUUCUGCUCUAAUAGUUUACAGAGGUCUUCUGGAAAGCCACAGAAUCAAAACAUGUCAACGCUCUGUUGUGUUGUAGUUGUUCUGGACAUCUCUUUACUGUGAACUCUUUGCUGUUUGCUUCAGGAUGAUCCAAAUUAGUUCUGAUACGUUUUCCAGUUCGUUUUCUUGGCGCCUGGCUUUUCCUUACCAGGUUGAACUUUUUUUAUGUUAAGCGCCAAAAAAAAGGGACCACAUUUGACACUACAGUCGCCCCAUUAGCAAGUCUUUAGUUAUACAGUAAAGACAGCGCAGUGAAAAGGAUUUAUACUUAAAAUUGUGCUUAAAAAAGUGCUGCCAAGCUGUGAAAGGUUUCUUACCUUGCUAAGUUUUAAUCGUGGUUUUCCCAUUUUCUUUAUUGAGUUCUGGUAUUGGACAACUCAACAAAACUCUCUUCCAUUAGCUUAAAAAUAAUGGGAUUUCUAUAAAUCUCCCUGCAGCAACCAGAAUUCCUGUACCAGCCGGUCAGACUCUGAGCAGGUUUUCGAACAGAGGUGGUUGAAAUCUGGAGAAGGGUCUGGGGGGCUGCUGUGAUCACUGUCCUCAUAAGAGUUUUAUCACCGACAGGAAAGUCAAACUGAGAACUGCGUUUGACCACAUUCUGGGAAUUAGGUAGUUUGACAUAUCAGUACAGUAGUUUUAGCCUCCUAGCAAGUCUUGUGCUUUUACAGAAACAACGGUCCAGUAAGUUGAAGUCUUAGCACAUCUUCUCUUUUAUGAUGAGCACUCUAGAUGUUUUUAUAAUUUUUACCGACACUCACUAACUGUAAAAUUGUGUACAACGUGCCGACGAGAUCACGUUAGAGAACACAUAGAAAGCACUGCAGCUGAAGCACAUGAAGUUAAUAUUGUUUACAGCAUACCGUGGACAGUGCCAAAUAAAUGUUUAAACCAAUACUUAAGUACACUUCAUGGUGGAACUAGUAAUUGUACACAAAUUCAUAACGGAAUGACGUCUCGUGUAAUCAGUAUUCUUAAAUAAAAUAUUUAUAAUUGGA